AUGGAGCGUCAAGAAAGCCUUCGCUCAUUGGAAACAGAGCUACAACAGCUGGUAAGCGUAUCCAAGAUUAACUUGCCAUCUACUUCCAUACAACUUGAAACCAUAUCACGAAUUAAGUCCAUUACAACAUUUCUUGUUAAUAGCUCACCUGGUGUUUUAGCUGAUGAUUCUGUUUUCAAUAUUAUCACGCUUUGUGAUGAUAUUCUUCUAUGCUUUAAGAAUGAGUAUUCGCGAUCGGUAAAGAUAUUAAUGAACUUACUAGAGGUAUUAUCGGCAAAGGGUCCUUCUCAAAUUGUAAGAAAGUGCCUUUUCACGAUACACAGCAUGCUAGUUAGUUUAUGUCAAGGAAAUCAGAUACAUGACACCACAAAGUCGUUACAUUUAUUUGAUGGCCUGAAAUACAGUGAUACCGCAUUCAAAAAUGAUACUGAGCAUGUGAUUAUACGGUAUUUUUCAGUGUCUCUUUCCUUUAUAUCGAAGCAUCCGGAUCACUUCACUACAGCUGAAGUAAUGCGGUUCACAAAAGCUGAUACUCCAUUCUUUUGUUGGUUAUAUAUGACUCCAAAAGAAACAUCUCAGCCAUAUAUGAAACAUAUCAGUUUUGCAUUUAAAGCAUUGUCCAAGUCCGCAGAAACAGAAACCCAGACUCUCCGAUAUCUUAUACGUUACUUCGUCUGCCUGGUGAUAGAAGCAGAAAAUGUUGAAAUGUUGAAGAAUACAAUAAUAAGCGAUAUUCAGGAAAAGACACAACAUUUGAGUUCCUACGAAAUGAAUACUAUAAGAGAUGACGUUUAUUUGGUGAUAAAGGCUUUUCAUAUGGAUGGACCACGCUCACAGCAGAUAGAAGUUCUUAGAAAUGCGUUUCAUAUCCACCAACCAUUAUCAGAAUUCAAAAUUGAUAAUCUCACAGAUUUACCCAAGCUUCUUGACAAUCUUCAAUUGUCCGACUAUGCAACUCUUUCAAGAUUCCUCAAUGAUCACACAGAUGAAGAAUUGUUGGAAAGCUUUUUGUUCAGAAAAGGACUUUAUAAAGUUCUCAAGUCAGUCGAUAUGUCUCAAAAUUCUUCCCAGGUUUUGGUUAUCUCAAUUCUUGCGUACAUGGAACGUGUGUCGUCAAAAAGAAGUUGUCUUUCAAUUACGGGAGUACUUCACAUACUGGAUUACAUUACAAUACGUAUUAAGGAUAUGAGCCCAGAUGGGAAUGAACCCUUCCUAAAUUCAUGCCUCCAACAUUUACUCCAUAUAUUUGAAAAACGACAACAAGUGAAGCGGAUGAAAAAUUUGAGUAGUUUAUAUUACAAUUUUGCCACAACAUUAUAUCAUGAGCAUCGACAAACUUGUGUCAGCUUCUGGAAUAAUUCUCUUGAAAUAGAAACUGAUUUGAAGAACCAUCAUCACCCAUAUAAUGAUCACCUACUGAAAAAAUCCAUUAGAAUAUGCAAUUUUUUAAUUGAGCUGGCCAAAUUUGAUGAAGCAUCUAAAGUUUUAUCUGCCUGCUUUUCUGAUCAAUCGUAUAAUGCAGAACUAUCGAUCAACGAUCUUUUUGCAUGUCUAAAGGGGAAAAAUGGGAAUUUCAUGAAAUUGGCAUGCAAGUUGAUUCUGAAAUCACAGAAUGUCAAAUUUCUCUGGGCUUUGUCCAAAAAUCAAAGUUUGAUCACAUGUGUGUCCCUUGAGGUUUGCACUAUGCUGACACAAAUGUUGGAAGCAAAAGCCCAGCCUUUGAUCACAAAGAUCAUUUUGAUGCUGAAAGUUAAUCUUACGGAUAUCGGCCUUUUUCUGUUGUUUAUUUCAAAGAUUUCUUUCAUAAUAAAGUUUAGCAUUACUUUUAAGUCAAUAGGAAACCUGAAAAUUUUAAAAGAGUCUGCAGCUUAUGACUUGCGAGGAGUGAUCAAGGCACAUUUGUACUUACUUCAAGCAUACUCCUCUCCAAGAAACAUGGAAAAGUUACUUUUCAAUGCCUAUCGAUGUAUUACUACUAGAGAAUACAAAGCUGACUACACACCAUGCGAUUAUGAGGUAGACGUUUUGGCUACGGUUUCUAGAGUAUUUCAGUAUCACAAUCUCAUGAAGUUUAUGAUAGCACCCCUUGAGAAUUCUCUCAAGGAAUGUACAUUUACAAAAUCGCAGCGUCAGAAAGUGUUAUUUGAGCUUUCAAGUUGCUAUAAUCGCUUGGGAUUAAAAAAGCACGCAUCAUCACUAGAUAUUAAGCCAGGAUGUGAUGCAAGUUCAAAAAUUAUGUGGGCACUACAUAACUGCAUGCUUAUUGAAAUUGAUAGCCAUGUUUUCAUGCCACAAGAUAUGAUUAAGAAAUCGUAUAAUAAACUAAUGAGUGCGAUAGUCAAUGAUAAUGACUUCACUUUUAAAGGGAAAAGGGACAGCUCUCUCAUAAUUGAUCUAAUUUUUCUUUUGGCUCGGGUAUCCCAUCUGCAUGCUUUAUUAUCUAUGAAUUUUGGUCACCCUUCCGCUUCAGUGUUAUCAUUUAAGAGAAGUAUACGGAUUCUCCAAUCUGUAUUGAAAAACUUUCUGUUGCCAAACUCUUCACUGUCAUUGACUUUAAAUGAGAAGAUGUUAACAACAUGUGAAUACUCUAUGAGGUCUGUUGAAGGCUACAAUUCACUGUUGAAUUGUUUGUUUCAUUAUGGACUAGGAAAAGAAAUUGAUUACUUUAUAAAGGAAUACUGGUCAUUUGUUGAAACUCAGCCAUCAAAAUAUGUUCACUGUUCUUGCCUGAUUGAUUCUGCAUUAUUCGAAGCAUUAAGAGGACGUUACAAGGAGGCUGCGGAUUGCCUAUCUGCUGGCACAUCUGAGUAUAAAACUUUGACAUUCGUUGGAGAAAAUCAAUUGCAUAUUUUGGCAGUUCAGCAGAUGGUAUAUCAUCAGUCGCAAAACUCAGAUGAUUUUACAAACGCUGCUGAACGUUAUGAUUCGAUAAUGGAUAACUUAUUAACAUUUAAAGAGCAUCCUCUUAAUUCAUGUGAUGACUCUGAGCAUAGAGAUGAGCACCUUUAUAUACAGGAUCAGGAAUAUUUGCGUUCGGAAUGGUCUCGCUGUCAAAGAAUAAGAUCACUUGAUAACAUGGUGAAGAUGAAUCUGCACGCCAUAAUGAGUAACGACACGAUAACAAAAAGUCAGUACGAAUUACAAAAGAUCAAUGAAGAGAUUCAAAAGAAGAUCGGUUCUCAAACGUUGGAAUUUCUAAUUUCAUACCCACUUUACUGUUCUACCGAAAAUCAAGCUUCAUUAUCUUCAUACGCGAGUUCAUUUAACAAACGUAUACUUGCUAUGAAUUCUUUUCAAAUUUGUUCACAAAUGUCAAGCAGGGAGAGGAAAAGCAUGAUGGAAACAUUAACAACAGUUUUCAAUUGCUUGAUACCAUUUCAAAAAGAGGCUGAUCUCCACGCUAUUUAUCAAUUUCUAAGUAUUUCCUAUGAUCAAAAUAGGUUUGAACCUUUUAUUAUUGAAAAAGAACUUGCUUGUCAAAUUGAGGAUCCAAAGACGGUACUACCUCCAAGAUUGAUGGAUACCAACUUCGAUAUAAAGCUUUUAUCGAAUAGUCGGAAACUUUGUGAUCUUCUCCCUCAGAAUUGGGCAGUAAUCUCCAUUGACACACAUAAUACCAAGGAUUUCUUAACUUUAACAAAGUAUCUGGCCGGCGGCUCGUCUCCUAUAAUGGUGAAUAUUCCUUUGACUAAAGCAGAAAACGGAUCAAGAAAUAUGUUUUCGGUAAAGUUCGCAAUACAUGAAUUUGAGGACAUCAUCCAGAAAAGCGAUGCCACUACUAGUUAUAGAGUUACGUCUUCAAUAAAGACUAAGCAGGAUAGAGUUGCUUGGUGGACGGCAAGAAGGUCUCUAGAUAAUGACUUGGAAAAUCUCUUGAUGAGGAUUGAGACUGUCUGGUUUGGUGGUCUUUCCUCAUUAUUUGGUGAUUUCAUCUUUGAUGUGAAGAUUUUGAAAGCAUUCAAGAGUAGUUUUGUCAGUAUAAUUGCUGAUAAUCUUACUAAAGCCGGUUCUGAACACACCGUCAUUGAAAAACUCCGGAGUAUUGUUCCCGAACUGUUCUCUCUAUUCUUACAAUUAGCAAUGAAUCCCUCUGACAACUAUAUGGAGGACUUACUAUUUUACUUUUUGGAUGCAAUUACUGGACUUGGGAGAGAAUUUGAUUACCGUCGAUUAGACAUGGAUUCUCUGUAUACAGAUAUUAUUGCACUUUGCAAUAAAACAAUUAGUGAUAUCGAUUGUGAAUCAUUGAGACAUAUUGAACAUACGGUUCUUGUACUUUCGGACGGUUGCGUUAAAUUACCAUGGGAAUCAAUUCCAUCUUUACGAGGAAAGUCUGUGUCUAGAAUGCCGAGUAUUACUCAACUUGUUGAAUAUCUAAAGAAUUUUGGCACCUUGAUUUCUGAAGGUGUUAGCGCAGAUAACGGUUAUUACAUUUUGAAUCCAGGUGGUGAUUUGGUCAAGACUGAAUCCAGAUUCAAAGAGAAAUUUGAAGUUAUGUCUGGGUGGUCUGGAAUUACAGGAAAACGGCCAUCAGAAGAAACAAUACUGAAUGCCCUAAGUAAGAAGGAGCUUUACUUUUAUGCUGGUCAUGGCGGAGGAGAGCAAUAUAUUAGAUCAAAAUCUAUUCAAAAAUUCGAGAAACUUCCCCCAUGUUUGCUUCUUGGCUGUUCAUCGGGAAGUCUUCAUGUGUCAGGUAUAUGUCAUUCCUACGGUACUGUGUACAACUACAUUAUCGGGAAAAGUCCCAUGAUAUUGGCAAAUCUCUGGGAUGUCACAGAUAAAGAUAUCGACCGGUUUACGCUCAAUACUCUGGAAAAAUGGGGGCUUUUUGUCGAUUAUGAUUCGAUUGACAUCGUCGAUUCGCUGGAUAAUUUCGAGAAUGAUAACAAUCACACGCUUUGUGAAUGCGUCGCCAAAAGCAGAAACUCGUGCAAGUUGAAGUAUUUAAACGGGGCGGCCCCAGUUGUGUACGGACUUCCACUUAAAUUGAAGUUGAAUAGUUGA